UGCCUGUCAUCCUUCUCCAGUUAUUUCCAGUCCUGCCAUGCUUAUGAAACACCUGUCACAUUCCUUCCAUGAGCAUCCUCCAAAUGGACUUGCUGGAAAAUCUAAAUAUAUAUUUUAGGCGACAUCAUUUUAGGUGUUUUUUUGUUUUUUGCCCUAUCGAUGCCCCCCCCCAUUGAGGGUUUUUGCUAGGCGGUCUCUCUGCACAGCUUUGCGUCUCUCUUUCAUGCUUCCUCUGACCCCCCAGUCAGUCCAUUUAGCCCCAACCUAACGGUGAAAAUUUGCUGAAGAAGUGGAAAUUAGACCGUGCGUGGGAGGGAGCAGCUCUGACACAUUUUGCAUUCCCCACAGCAGAGAAAAGUUCUGAGAUUAACUGGACUCUGACUGUUUUCCAUCUGAGGUUACUGAACUGGGGCUAAUGCUACCACUGCCUGGGACCCUCAGCUUCACGGACAUGCAGUGUGCCUGCUCCAGUCCUGAGGCAUUUUGUCUCCCUUUGAUUCCUUUAAAAAGGGGCUUCAAACAAACACAAAGCCAUUGGUUUACGCACCCGAUUCUGAGUAAAAGGAAGUUGCUUUCUCUCCAUUAGAGUGCCAUAUCUGGUGGCUAGAGAGCACAGACCUGCUCCUCGUGUACACCUAGGGCUUUCCUGCUGAUGUUGGUCUGCCUCUGCUCCCUGGCUACUUGUACACUGACCUGCGCAUCUUGCACUAUUUCUGCCUGCAUCUAUUUCUCGCUGCGUGCAGAUUUUUACCAAUUUAGGAAAGUAUACGGUCUUCACCUUUCCAACAGUAAAUUUUGUCCCCAGAUGACGCAUGAGUACCUGUUCUCUAACCUGCCCUCCGUUUUGGAUGCUCAUCGACGCUUCUGGGAGGAGGUGAUGCUCCCAAUGCUACUGGAAGCCCGGCAUACCAGGGGUCCCUUCAAACCACUCAUGCUGGAGGAGGGCUUCCUGCAGCCAGCGCUUUUCCUCAUACCUGCACUAUUGCCGGGAUGAGGAGAACAUCAUGGAGUUUGCACGGAGACAGAUGGAGAGCCCCCUCUUUCAUGCUUACAUCGAGUGGGUGGAGAACUGCCCGGGCUGUGGGCGAAUGCGGCUUGGGGACAUGCAAGCUAAGCCCCACCAGAGAAUCACCAAGUACCCACUGCUGCUGAGAGAGGUACUGAAAUGUACCCAGGACCCCCAGACGCAGUAUGCAUUGCGGAAGAUGUUGAGCAGUGUAAAUGGGUUUCUGGACAGCAUCAAUGACCAUCUAAGGCUGAAAUAUGAGGAAUUUGCCCUUUCUCAGUCUGCCGCAAGACUGGAAGGAUACGAUGUGCCAGAGGGUGUAUCUGAGGAGAUCGAGAAGUUUGUUCGAGAAAUCUGCCGUUUUGAUCUGACAAGCCCCAUGAGAGGUGCCGGCACCAAGGAUAUACGCAAACUGCUGUUGGAGGAGACCCUCAGAAUCAAAACAAGGAGGGAAAGCAAGCCGAUGGUUGUUCUGCUCUUCUCGGAUGUGCUUUUGUUGACAAAGGCACAGAAGAAGUCAGAGAAGUUAAAAGUAGUGUGUCCCCCACUGGCCCUGGAUAGAAUUGUCUGUGCUCCCCUUAAAGAUGACGUCUCCUUUGUGCUAGUAGAGCUUGGGGAGCUAUUCUGUGCUGUGAACAUCUAUGCUGUAAUGGCACCCAGCACAGAGAGCCGAUCUGAGUGGCUGAAAAGCAUCCUGGCUGCACAGGAGUCUCUGGCAACCAUGAGGGAGAGGGAAACCUCUCAGAGAUUUGGGGGUUUCCUCCUGACAGAUAUACGGAUGGAGACGCAAGUCAAUCCUAAUUUAGCGGAACACUCUGACACUGUAAGGGAAGGCCAAGAUAAGGAGUUGAACUUGACAGGAAUUGAACAUACUCUGCUUUCUGACCAAGAAGGAAGGGGACAUGGUCAACCGCAAAACGGAGUAUUACCAUUUCCAGAGACAGAAGAAGGGAGCAUCUUCCAGAGGCAACAGCAAGCCUGGGGUCUUCAGUUGAUAGGAAGUCAGCCUUCUCAUAUAUCAGUGCAUGGAUCUGUUACAAAUAAAAUCAUAGACAGCAAACACAGCAUGAGGAAUAUGGGACUGACAGAAGAGGAGGGGGACGAGAAUAGAGAUUGCAACCAGGUGGAAUCGAGUGAAACCAUUUUAAUUGGUUCACGAGAGAAAAGGGUUGUAGGAGGCUAUUCAGAAUCUUCAAAUUCAUCCUUUAGUCACGGGGAUUCCAGUGAGAUUCAUUCUAAUGUCAACACAUUGACGUUGUUUGAUGUAGGGUCAGAUGUGGAUAUGUCGUCCACACAGUCAGAAUCAAAAGAAAUGCAUGUCAAAAAUGAUGAUUUUGAGAGUGAAGAUCCUUACAAGGCAUCUGGAAUGGAUUCGAGGUCCAGUGAACCAGAGCAUAUGCCAACGGGCACAAUGAAAUUUUCACGUAAACUCAAUUCCCCCCGCUUAAGAAAGAGGCGGGCACUGGGCUCUCCACAUACCUUCUCGCCUCAGACUGAUAAAAACAGAUAUUUACAUCAUGACACAGAUGUGUUGGCAUCUAGUGCCAAUUCCUCAGACUCUGACUGCAACCAAAAACUAAGGAAUGGCCGGAGGCCUAAUCCUCAAGUUGUAAUCAGCUUGGCGUCUGUAAAAAAGAACCAAGGAAUGUGGAACACAGUCGCUCCAGGUGAACCUGCAAAGGCACAGACCUUUUUGACCGCAGAGCUACCAUGCAAGAGGACAGGACUAGAUUCUCAAAAUCAGCCCAGACUGAGAAGAGGUUCAGUCCCAGACAUGGAUCUUCAGGAAGGGCAGACCCUUGGUUUGAGGCUAAGCUUGUCGGAGAGCAGUUUCCCACUCUUUUCUCAAGCCAAGAUUUAUGGAACCUCUCCGGAGAACCUCUUAGCACGAGCCAGAGAGAGAGAACGAGGAAAAGAAAGAAGACUGGAAAAGUCUGAAAAAGUGUGGGACAUUUCUCCUUCUCCUUCACGCUCAAUCUCUCCAUCCAUCUCUUUCAGUGAGGAGGAAAGAGAAAGAGAAGACAACCAGGAAAUUUUGGGAGAUCAGGAGAAUGAAGGGCUGCACAAAUGGCAAGAUGUGAACAAAGAAUUAGAAGAUAAGCAGAAAUAUAACAAUGAAUACAAUUGCAGCUUUUCCGACCAAGGUGCAAGUGUUGAUUGGAUGGGUUGGUGCGUUGACGACGACGAGGUCAUGGUUCGUCUACACCCUGAGGGCGAGGGAAGCAGACCUGGAAUUGCAGUACUAGCCACUAUAGAUUCCCGGGGAACAAAGGAACAGGAAGAACAGGAGUUUGGAGAGGUGUAGAACUACAGUGAAAGGGGAUGAGGUUGCCACAAUGCAUUAGCGACUGCGGGUUCGACUUGCAUGUCAGGUUCUGACUGUACCUGCACUGUGAACAAGCUCAUUUUCUGGGUGGGGUGGAGGGAAUAGGCCCAGUGUUGUAAGAGAUGCCUGCUGAGGAAUGACUCAUGACUGGUGUCCCACGAAGAUCGGGAUGUCACUGUUUAUUUAAAUCAUUGCCAUUCAAAUUGUGACUGCUAAUGAUAGAUAGGUAAUUUCUAUAUAUAAGGAUUUUACAUCCUUCACUGUAUUUGUAAUUAAGGACCUGUGUGUCAUUUGCCCUGUCUCUUUAAAGAAGAGCCAGUCAGCCUACGGCACCAUGUUCUGAGCCAUGCGUCGGAGGCGCCCUUCCUCCCCCGUGCAGGCUGCACUGGGGUAAAGAAUGUAUAUAAACUUAUUUUGUAUAAAUGAGGGUGACACUUAAUAGGCAUGUAAAUAAAUUCUGUAUUCUUUGUAAUUUAUAUGUAAAUGUGGUUAUUAAAUCAAU